AAUUAUAUUUACCUGCUGCAAUCGCCUCCUAAUAAUCGGAGGACUGGCUGCAGCAAGCAGCAGCAGGUUGUGUGUGGUUGGUGGUGACUCUCUUGCUCAGUCCAUGCGCUUUUUGACUUUUUUUUUAUCCCCGAGACAAAUGUAGACAAAAAAAAGAACGAGAAAAGAGCUCUGUGGACGGUAACGACAUAGAAAGAAACCACAAAUAUCCCGGGAUCAUUGGAACAAUAACGCUCACGAACGGGGACGCGCACUGUGCAACAGCAGGGCUGUUUUUGUUACUGCAGAAGAAAAGGACUUGGAAAAAAUCUAAACAGUAAGAUCUUCUUGGAGAUAACCUGUACAUAACAUGAUUUUAUAACAGUAACAACCGUUUUGCAUAUAAAUGCAGAAUUAAUAUGACUCAAGAUCAUUAAUGUUUGGAAGUGAAGCGAAGAAGUCUCGUUAAAAAAUAGCGUCGUUUUUAAAUAACAAAAGCAUAUACCCUCAGGGGUACCGAGGUACCGUAACUUGCAUUGUGUCUCUCAGUUCUAUUCAUUUAGCAAUGUGGUCAGAUAAAGGGCUUUGAAGACGGAGUCGUCGUGCUAUUAAUUCUUCCCAGAAGUCGGAAACAGAAAAAUCAACACAUUGUUCGUACAGGAAACCAGGAUUAAGUAACUCGCAUCACAACUGUAAGGGAUUGUGUGGGAAAAUGUAAUGAAACUAAAUUGUUGAAGGGGAAAUUGACAUUCUCUUCAAGAUUUAGGAGGUCUCGCAUGAAACAUUAGACCAGCGAUACUAUAACAAGUCUACAAAUCUCUCCGAUCAGUGUAGUUUAACUGUGUAUUUAAAUGUUACAUUUCAUAAUCCAAGGGGCAUAACUGGAAUAUGUUGAUGUGAUUUUAAAAAGUCGUCACAUUUAUUGGAGUUGCUGAAUGUUAAGGUUUUGAAUACCUCCCUAGGACUCGAGCUAUAGUGUUGACUGGAUUACUGUACUGCACUUCCGAACUUCCUGGAUCUAGAACGCCGCGACCAAACAGUAACAAUACAGGAGUCUGUGAUUCGAACAACAUCGGAACCCGGUUCAACUGCUCGCCAUGGCGGCUGUUGUGAACUACUCGCCUCCUUGGUGGGCGAACCUGUUACACAAGCUCCCUCAUUUCAAUCUCCAGUUUGAACAAAUAAGCGGCGAAUUCCGUCCUGAAGAUUCUGAAUACCAGGAGUCGUUGCUGCUGCUGGGGGCUGUGGCGCUGGCCUGCCUUGCUCUGGACCUCCUCUUCCUCCUCUUCUACUCCUUCUGGCUGUGCUGUCGCCGUCGGAAGAGCGAAGAACCGGCGAACGCCGACUGCUGCUGCACCGCCUGGUGUGUCAUCAUCGCCACGCUCGUGUGCAGUGCUGGCAUUGCUGUAGGUUUCUAUGGGAACGGCGAAACCGGCGAUGGAAUCCACCGGCUCACAUACUCCCUCCGGCACGCCAACCGAACCGUGGCGGGAGUGCAGAAAUUGGUUUCUGAGAGCACCACCUCCUUGAACCAGACUGUGGACGUGGGUCUCGGCGAGCUGGAGGUGAAGUACCAGAAGCAUGCUGAUUACCUGUCCAUCGUGCAGAAGCUGCAGGGCCAGCUGGAUGAGCUGGUGCGACAGGUGAUCGAGAUCCCCUUCUGGAGGAACAACGAGGUCUCUCUGGAGGAGUUGGCUGUGAGAACUGAGCUCUAUGACUGGUACAGGUGGCUGGGGUACCUCAGUCUGCUGCUCUUCGAUGUGCUCAUCUGUCUGCUUGUGCUCUUUGGACUCAUCCGUAAUUCCAAGGGCACUCUCAUUGGGGUCUGUUUCCUGGGAGUGUUGACCCUGAUUAUCAGCUGGGCAUCACUGGGUCUGGAACUAGCAGUUUCCGCGGGUUCCAGUGAUUUUUGCGUGUCCCCCAACAUAUACAUCUCCAAAGUCGUGGAAGAGAAUGACGUUAUCAGUAAAGAUAUUCUGCAGUAUUACCUGAAAUGUGACACUGGGCACCCAAACCCUUUCCAACAGAAACUGUCAGGGAGUCACAAAGCCCUUGUUGAGAUGCAGGAUGAUGUGGCAGAACUGCUGAGGUCGGCUAUCCGCGAAUACCCUCAGACCAAGGGGACUCUAGAACAAAUCCAGGGGGUGUUGAACUCCACAGAGAUCAGCCUCCACCAGCUCACUGCCCUGACUGAUUGUCGCAGCCUGCACAUGGAUUACGUCCAAGCCCUGACAGGGUUGUGUUAUGAUGGAGUUGAAGGCCUCAUCUAUCUGGUUCUCUUCUCCUUCGUCACCGCCCUCAUGUUCAGCUCCAUCGUCUGCAGUGUCCCACACACCUGGCAGCACAAGAGUACACCUCUAGCAUGAGAGCAAAAUACCUCGCCACAAACCAGCCCGAAUCCAACAGUCCUGCGCACUAAGGACCCCCCAACCUGCAUGCCGCUGAAAACAAAUUGGGGACCAUCCACCUUCCAGACUCUUCCAACUGUCCAACAGUCACUCAAAUCCCUCGCUAGGCAAAGCUGUUUUCUCUUUCAACCUUCGGUCCGGAAAUUGGAGCCUUUUCAGCUGAUCACGGCUUGUGAUGUCCCUAAUACUCAUGGAUGUGCACUUGUAAGUCUCCUGUUAUUGUGUAAAGAUCUGCCCUGAUCUCAAGUUUAACGCCAGGCAGAUUCCAAUGUUUUUAUUAACCUGCCACCACCUGCUCUACAGAAUCAUUCAUUUUUCACCAGGCAUACUUGCGAUGCUGUUGAAAUAGUCUGCUCUGGAAUUACCUUUUUAAUAAAUAUUAUAAAAAUCCA